UAAGCGUAAGGAAAAUCAGUAUUAUAAGAUAAGGGAAUAUAAAUUAUAAGUUAUAAUCAUCAGUAUGAAGAAGUUUUAUUUCCUCCUCGUUUGUGUGGUAUUGCCUGUCGUAAUGUGUCAGUCCUCCCAUGGCGGCGGCUUCAUACAUUCGAGGGCUGCUUACUAUGGCACUCCCGAUGGGAAAGGGACAACAAGUGGAGCUUGUGGCUAUGGCAAAUUCGGGAGGAAUAUGAACGAUGCCAAAGUGGCUGCUGUUUCCAAGCUUUGGCGUAAUGGAACUGGUUGCGGAGCUUGUUAUCAGGUGAUAUGUACGAUUCCACAGUACUGCAACACAAAGGGUGUGAUCAUUUCAGUCUCCGACUAUGGAGAAGGAGAUCGUACCGAUUUCAUCAUGAACAAACUCGCUUUCAAUAAACUCGCUCGUCCCGGAGCUGAGAAGAAAGUCAUCUCCUAUGGCGUGGUCGAUAUCGUGUACAAGAGGGUCCCUUGCCAGUUUCCUAACUCGAACAUUCUCCUCAAGGUUCACGAGAACAGUCGCUUCCGUGACUACCUUUCCCUCGUUCUUCUCAACGUCGGCGGUGCUAAUGACAUCCUAGCUCUCCAAAUCAAGAACGACUGGGGAGAGUGGAUAAAGAUGAGGAGAGCAUAUGGUGCGGUUUUCGACUUGCCAAACCCGCCGAAAGGAGCCUUGACAGUGAAGUUCUUGGUUGAUAAGGCCGGAUGGAAGCAAGCCACUGAUAUUAUUCCGUACAAAUGGAAGUCCGGGGACAUAUAUGACUUGGCCUUUCAGCUCUAAGUAUGAACAGAAAGUGGCUCGUGAUCUUUCUUACUUCAAUAUGUAUUAUAAAAAAAACCUAUGUGUUUAUGUAAAUGGUUGUUGUAAUGAUGUAAUAAAAAUAAAGAAUAAAUGAAUAA